AUGGGGGUGUCUCCUCCAACUCAUGUCAGCACUGAGCAUGAAUGGCGCUUAGGAUGGAUGAAUCCAGUGGAUAGAAGUAUAUCAUACUUUCGUCUGCAUACGCUUGAUCUAUAUUUCUGGACUCUGGACGAUGCAAAACAAUUCUUAGCUACCGUUAAAAGGUUGCUAGCCCCCAAUCAGCUGGAAAAUAUACAGCAAAUCCAGCCAUCUUCCCAGCAAGCUCCAAUGAGUGCUGUGGUACAAAACCUGGAGAAGGUUGCGAUAUCAGAUCCUGGUUAUCAGCAGCAGCAACAACAACAUCAGCAGCAAAUAAGGCCUGAUGUUCAUAGCAUAAAGAACAUCCCGCCGCCGCCACCUCCGCCUCCACAUCCAACCAUGCAGCCCACGCCUCCCGUUAUUCCCGCCAGUGUCCAAGUUGUGACCCAACCUGUUAGCCCGAUAGAUGAUGCGGCAUCUCAUGCAUCAACUGCCCAGGAAAAGAAAGAAGCCCCGGCAUCGUACGCUCCCCUUGCGUAUAAUCCUGCUGCCCCACCAGCUCCAGAGCCCAUAAAACCUCGCGAGGCGACUCCUCCACCCCCCGAUGCUGCCGAAGGCACAGGACUUUCCACCCCGGGCAUGGGAAUGACUUUCGCACCACCUCCUACUGGAGAAAUCGAGAGCCCCCAACCUGUUCAGCCUCAUGGUGUGGGGAAUGUUAGCGGUUCUAACCCGCAGCCUUACACAGUUCCAGGAGUCCAGGGGACAUACUCGCCUGCAUCUUCGAGUAUUAAUCAGCAAUCAUACACCCCAGGACACCCCCCACCCGGUGGUAUGUCUUUUGGACCUCUACCAACAACUGCCACUGUCCCUCCGACAGCUCCUCCAACUACUGCGGCUAGCCAUCGUGGAAGCUAUGGUUCAACCUUUGCGCCGCCUCCUCAGGACCCUAAUGCACACUUGUAUGGCCAGCAGACUUUUGGGCCUCCACCAGUUAACCAAUAUACUCAGCAUCUGGCUCAAAACCAUAGUCAUCUUACCCGACGAGAAUCCCAGGCUUCCCAGCACUCUGCUGGUGGAUAUAGCUAUAACUAUCCACAGCAGCAACAGCAACAGCAACCGCAGCAGCAGCAGCAGCAACCCAGGCCAAGCGACUAUUCCAUACAUCAGCAGGUCUAUAAUCCAUCGGGGUCCGAUCAGCCUCCCACCACCAACAGGAAUGAACCUGCCAAGUAUAGCAAACUUGGCAACAGUGCAAUGCGAAUGGAAAAAGGGGUUAAUAAACUCUUCAAGAAAUUGGAGAAUAGGAUAUAA